UGGAAAUGUAAAAGUUGACACACCUCUCCUUCUGCUCAAAGCAUUCAGAGGAGUGUCAUACCUGCACUCGCAGCAGGCAUAUUUUUCAUUGACAUAACAAGGACGUUGUUUUUUAAGGUCCGGAAUCAUGCAAUAGAAGUUUGUCAGCUUUGCCAAUGACACGUGAAUAGAAGGACAAAGGAUGACCAACAUCAAACGCUAUUUUGUCAAGCACCUGAUCACCUUCUCCCUCCAGAGAGGAGAUGUGAAGACCGUGGAGGAGGCCCAGUCUCGUCUCCUCCAGCUAGCUCGGGGCAACAAGUUGUGGAGUCAACACAUGCUACUGGAUCUCGGCUCUGAUGCCGUUUAUCUCAGAGACAUUCAGACUAAGGAGGAACUGGAGAAGUAUUACUUGGACUCCAUCUUCCGCUGCGAGUCGGUUAACGGCGAGGAGCUCUUCCCGUCGGUCCUUCUCCUGGUGUGCCAAAGCCCCAAUGAGAAGAAACCAGAUGUCCUCUUCUUCGGCUGUGAGAACACGAAGGCAGAGCAACUCUGCGACAACAUCACGAAGGCCGUUUCCAAAUCGGGCCAGAGUAAGACCGGUUCUGAUUCAAUCAGGUUUUCCCACGACGACGCAGACAUGAUCGACCCCUACGGCAUUCCGAGCCAUCCGAUCGCGCACGCUCCCAACGCCCCGCCAAUCAACCCCCCGCCUUACCCCGGACCAAGAGGUCAGAAAGGCAUCUUCAUUCAUACUGGUUCAGCCAACGGCGGCCCAGACGUGUCCUUGCUUCGAGCCGAGCGAGAAGUGGACAUCCUCAAUCACUGCUUCGAUGACAUCGAGAGUUUCAUGUCCAAGCUGCAGCAGACCGCCGAGGCCGCCAUCGUGCUCAACCAGCGGAAGAAGAAGAAGAAAAGCAAAAAGCAGAGCGCUGAAGAAGAUCUGCUCACGGUGAAAGCCAGGCCGCCACCCGAAGAGGAGUUUGUCGAUAUCUUCCAGAAAUUCAAAUAUUGCUUCAGUCUAUUGGCCCGUUUGAAAUCAACCAUAGCCAAUCCUUCCUCUGAGGACCUUGUUCAUCACGUAUUUAAACCUUUGGAUAUGAUGGUGAAGACGACAGGGGGGCCGGCUCUGGCCGCCUCUGUGUCCAGCCCCGCCUUGACCGGCGCUGCCGUGUCGUUGCUGCAAGAGAACCUGAACGUGGAGGAGAGGACACUGUGGACGUCCUUGGGUCCAAAUUGGACGCACGCUCGGGUCCUUCUGGUGUGCAACCCUUGGCCAGCUGGGGGCGCUAUACACAGCUCGGAGCUCAGAGGGCCCAUCGCUCCAUACACGCCUGUGUUCCUGGACGGCUGGAAGCCCGACAAGUUCUGGGCGGACGGGCAGGUCUGGGAGGAUCCGGUGGAGUCGCAGCACGCGCAUGAAGCCCUCCGUCUCAAACAAGAGCAGGAGCAACAGCAGCUCAACAGCCACAUCGGUGAUGACGUAGACACGGGAGGCUCUCCCGAGUCUGAAAAAGUCUACAGCUGCAGUUAUGACUUCAUCGCCAGGAACAACACUGAGCUUUCAGUGCAACAAGGGGAGACGCUUGAGGUGCUGGAGUCAUCCAAGCGCUGGUGGAAAUGCCGCAAUCGCUUCAACCAAGUGGGCUUCGUUCCCUUCAACAUCCUGGAGCCAGUUACUCACGCGGAGAGUCCCGUCACUGGCAAGCCGCCCACAAUCCCCCAGGCUCCGCCCCCGCCUCCGAUGGCCAAGACUUUCACCCCAGCCGCACCCGGCCAGCCCAUUGCGCGCCCGAACCUCUCCGCACGUGUUCCGCAGAGUAUGCCCACCUACGGCCAGCAUGGUCCUGCAGCAGAGGACGAUAAAGUUAUGUUGGUGAAUGACGAGCUGCUACUGAGGCUGACGAACGGAAAGGCCAUCAACAGCAAGCCUCUGAUCAUCCCUCGAUCGGCAGAAACCUCCCUUCCUCUCGACUACCAUUCCACACCCGAGGAAGUGGCGUCUUGGCUCGCUGGGAAAGGCUUCAGUGAACCGACGGUGACGUGUUUGGGGGUCCUGACAGGCGCUCAACUCUUCUCGCUCAGCAAGGAUGAGUUGCGCGAAGUUAUUCCAGAUGAAGGAACUCGGGUGUACAGCCAAAUGGCGGUGCAGCGAGCACUGCUGGAGGAUGCUCGGAGGGCCACGGAGCUGGAGGCUGUCAUGGAGAAGCAGAAAAUGAAGGUGGAUCUGAAAUUGGAGAGUAGCACAUUGUGAGCGGAGGCCUCACAGAUGGACUUUAUAGCAUAGCAUCAUUAUUAUAAUAUAUACAGUACAUACCUGAAAAUAGCGUGCUGCCAAGCUCCUGCCUGUGAAGAUCACUGUGCCACAUUUCUGUUUUGUAUUUGACGCAAGUAUAUAUAUCGCUAACUUAUAUAGUUCAAUGUAGAUUUUACCGUUAAUUGACUAAUAUUGAGCAAAUUAAAUGCAAGACUUUAUUCAAAUGCAUUGAAAAGUACACUCUCAUGACCAACACUUUGUAAGAAUAACACGAGAAGCUCUUUCUCUGACACAACUGACAGAUUUUACUGUCUGAACCCAAUCUACUCAAAUUCUAGUGUUAGGAAAGCAACCCAGCAUUGUUUUGGGGCACAUAAGAAAUGAUCAAAAUGCAAUAAUGCCUUUAAUAUGAUUUCAUUGAGAACAGAUUUUUUUUUUUUAAUGAACCCCAGAGGAACCAGAUGACACCUUUGUAAACCGACGCAGCCGUUACAAUCUGUUUCCAUGUAAUUACAAAGCAGUUUAUUUCUUUUAAAUGGCGUGGACAACAUUUCCGCUUCACUUGCCGACACCAACUCAAAUGAACUUUCUAUAAACGGUGAAUGUUUGGAUUUUUAAAUCAGUUAACAAAAGACUAACUCGCAAACAUUUCCAACCAUUUUUUUUUUUUAACCCCCGCUCGACCACUUUUUAAUUUACUCAGUAGGUACUGCCCCCCUUGAAAAGAAAUUAGACUACACUGGAGGAGAAAACAUGGUUGAGGUGUGAAGGGACUCAAGGGUGUUUCUAAAAAUUUGAACGAAAGAACAGUAAACUAAAGCACACAUUACACAGUCAGAUCCUGUAUCAUAAAAGAAACGAAUUAAAAUAAUAUUGACAAAUGUA